AUGUCGCAGCUGCAGGUCCUCAUCACCGCCGUCCGCCCGGAGGUGGUCCAGUGGCGGCGCUACCUCCACCAGCAACCCUACGUGGCUUACCAGGAGGAGCCCACCGCGGCCUACGUCGCGGAGGCCCUCCGCCGGAUGCCCGCCCCCCUGGCAAUUCACCGACCCACCCCGAAUAGUGUCGUGGGGGAGUUGGAUGGGGGGGCCGGGGAGGGGCCGGUGUACGCUCUCCGCGCGGAUAUGGAUGCGCUGCCACUGCAGGAAGAGAGCGGGGUCUCGUUUAGCUCGCAGCGGCCUGGGGUGAUGCACGCGUGUGGGCAUGACGCCCACACUGCGAUGCUCCUCGGCGCUGUGAAAGUGCUUUGCCAGGUUCGUGAGCGCAUCCGCGGAAAGGUUCGGUUUAUUUUUCAGCAUGCCGAGGAGGUUAUCCCGAGCGGGGCGAAGGAAUUGGUGAGAUUGGGGGUGUUGAAUGGGGUUAGUAUGAUCUUCGCUCUACACGUCGAGGCGGAGUACCCGGUGGGGACGAUCGUCUCACGUUCCGGGACGCUGUACGGUGCCUGCAAUGAUUUCGAUAUCGUCGUCCGCGGUAUCGGUGGGCACGCGUCGAAUCCGGAGGUUUGUGUGGAUUCCAUUUUGGUCGCUUCCGAGGUAAUUACUAACCUCCAGGCCGUCGUUUCGCGCCGUGUGAGCGCGCUGAAGGCUCCAGUAUUGAGUAUUACCACCUUCGCGGGAGGCAACGGGAGUUAUAACGUUAUUCCUAAUUCUGUUCAUCUGCGCGGCACCCUUCGCUGCCUCGAUCGCGAGGUUCAGGAACGGGUGCCCGCGUUGAUGGAGGGGAUUAUCGCUGGGAUCACUAAAGCGCACGGCGCCGAGUAUGAUUUGAGUUGGUUGGAGCCAAACAUCGUCACCUACAACGACCCGAAGGCUUUCGAUCUGGCCAUGAGUGCUGCUGUUCGACUUGUAGGGGAGGAAAACGUGAUUCGGGAAGAAUCUCCACAUAUGGGGGUUUCUGACUUCUCUGAAUAUCAGGCCGUAAUACCUGGUUGUUUGUGUUUGCUGGGGGUGGGCGAGAAGGACGGCCAAGAUGCAUAUAACCACAACUAUAGCUCCCGGUUCCGAAUUAACGAAGAUGCGAUGGAGAUCGGUGUCAGGUUCUUCGUAUCCAUGAUUGCACAUCUUCUCAUGCAAAACCAAACCUCGUGA